AAAUGUUCUAAUUUAUCUAACUGUAAAAUACCUUUAUCAUACGUGUUAAAAGCAAGUUACAUAUGCAGAGCUCUGUAACCACACAAUUGGUCAUAAAUCAAAAGCAUCAUGUGCAGCGAAUUACACUGUAGAAGGCAUUGUCUUCUCUUAUCCUAAAAUAAACAAUGACAAGUGCUCUUGAAACCCACAACCGUACAUACAAGAUCACUCUGUAAAAGUUCUUGGAACAAUCUGAUGUAUGUGUGUGUGUGAUUGAGAGUGACCCCAAGUGCCAUGUAAGAUUUUGAAAAGUGUACAGGAUAUAGUCCUUUCAACUAAUCAUUACCUAGGCUUCAUGAAAUCAUCAUUAGUAACCAUAUAUUUACACAUCUGGUUUGGCAUAAAAAUUAAUACAAUAAAUUGUAAAAACCCUACACCUUCUUAAUAAAUGUACAACAUUGGUGUGUCUAUGGAAAGACAGCACACCACAAAAGAUUUUAAAUAGGAUCUGAGGUUCUCAUGACAUGCUAGGUACCAAGGCUACAUUAGUGAUGUGUAUCUUAUUUCUUCACACUGACAACAAUCCAGCACCCAAUAAGUUCAGGCUGAUUUUGGCCUCCAACAGAGAUGAAUACUACCAACGCCCAACUCGUCAGGCUAAUUUUUGGGAUGAGGAUCCUACAGUGAUAGGAGGUCGUGAUCUAGAACCAGGGAAAGAAGGGGGGUCCUGGUUGGCUCUCUCAUCUCAUGGACGUAUUGGAGUGAUACUUAAUGUGACGGGUGAGAAUACACAAGAUCCAUCUUCCAGCACUGGGAGGGGUUUCAUUGUACCUAAUUUUGUAACCAACAAACAGCAUGAAAUGCAAGAGGAAUACCUUGUAAGGCUAUCUAAAGAUGGGCAUAAACACAGCCCCUUCAAUUUCAUCAGUAUUGAUAUCAGCAUGAAGCAAAUCAAUGUGCAGCAGUAUUCUAAUGCUUAUGGUUGUAAAGACCAUGCAGAGAAUGUUGCCUCAGGACCAAGAGGAUGGGGAAACUCAAUCCUUGGCCAUCCAUUCCGCAAGGUGACAGCUGGAACCUCCCAUUUUAAGGAAAUCGUGGAGGCUUAUGGGACAAUGAAAGACAAGGACAUCUUAGUUCAAGAGCUGCUAUCAUUGCUUAAGUGGGACAAGAGCCAUUUUCCUGAUCCUGAACUACAACGACGACUGCUUGGUAAAACUCCUUCUGUAGUGGAAAGAACAAGUUCAGUGUUUGUCACCAUUCCAGAACAUGGAUAUGGUACCAGGACCCACAGUAUUAUACUCAUUAAUAGACAAGGAGAAGUUGAUUUUAUGGAAUGGACCAUGAAGGAGCCUAUUGACCCACAAAACCCUACAUGGAUAUCUGCAAAAUAUACCUGUCAAUUGGAGAGCUGUUAACAUAGUUUUACUAGUUAAGAGAAGGAAAUAUUUUCAAGUAGUAGAACUGAAGUAUCUAUAUCAGGAAUAUGAGCAUUGCAAACUAAUAACAAUUAUAAUUCUAUCUUAAAGGAAAUUAUACAUGGUUUAACAUGUUACUUUAACAAAAUAUCACAGACUGCACAGUGUUAUGAGUCUUGUAAGGUUGAAGACGAAAUUAAUAUAAAAAUAAAAAUCUGUAUGACAUGCAAACAAUAUUUAAAAUUUGUACACAGAAAUGCAUGUCAUAUGAACCUGGGUCAAUCUACCAUUAAAUUUCUCUUUGUCAUAAGGUUUAUAUAUUAAAACUGCAUAAAAUUAGUGGUGCAAAACAUUUAUAAACUGACUUCCAAAUGUACCUAACUAUAAAAUAUUAUAUACUUAUUCUUGAACUGCUGUGGUAAGCUAAAAGAAACUUUUUAAUGUGUCUACCCUUAUGUUUGAACCUUACAAAUAAAAAUAAAUAACUUCCUUAGUAAA